UCAACAAUACUUAAUUCUCUUUUUUCCUCACCACCUUUCCACCUCAUCACUGAGUUCCCCUACAGUAGGCAAGAUGCCCAGUCUUCUUUAUGUAUCCUCCGUUCUAUUAGCCACGUCCUCUGCGACAGUGACUUAUCUCUAUAUCUUCCACCGUUCUCUCGGGAACCGAAUUCAUCACGAGUUUCACCACAGCAAACUCCCUGAAUCCGUUUCUACAGUCGUAUCGCUUCCCCCAGAGGUCUCUCAUGGAGAAUGUCGCGCAUUCUAUGACCAUGCUUCCCGUCGUAUUGCGCGCAAAUUACUUCCGGCGCAAAAGCUAGAAGACCUAUUCACACUGCUGCUACGUCGCAACAUGACAGCCUUCUCUCGUUUUCCACAAGCCUGGAUACUGCGGUUGAAUGCCGCACCUGCAGAUCGUAUAACCUUCCAUGCAUCUCAUAUUCGAUCACUCCAGUUCAAAGAAGGCGAUCUUGUUUGUGGGUUUUACCGUGUCCAAGAACGGACCCCCAACAAAGCCGUGCUUGAGUUGCUAUUCGAAGGGGAGGUUAGCGGACGAUUGGUCAUUCGGUUCUGGGAAGAAAGCGACGACGUAGUAUUCUGCACGGAGACAAUCAUGUGGACAAGGAAGGUAAACCCCGGACAAAGAAAGAGGGUCAUCGUGCCACUGGAGAAUCCAGUGCUGAGGUUUCUCCAUGAAAUGGCAGCAUGGUGGUUGAUUGAUUCUGGUGUCACAUAUCUGCAGGAUCUCAAGGAGACCACAAGUUGAUUGAGGAACGAUCCUGUUGAGUCAAGAGGUUUCUGUGGUUGCUGUUUCUUUGAGAGUAUCAAAGCUUCUUAACAAAAAGGCUAAGGACAAUUAAUUGUUAUGGGGAAUAUUUUCUUUAUAUCUUUGUUCCCAUGCCUCUCU